ACGUUAGCAUUAGCGGAUAGGAUAAGACAUACUUUUCCUAUAGUGUGUAAUUAAAAAGAAUACACAAUGGGCAAAAAGAAAAACAAAAAUAAAGUAAGUGGUGCCGUCAAAACCGCUACAAAAACAGAGAAGAAAUUGGCAAAUAAACUUAAAAAGGAGCUUGCUAAUUUAGGAGAGGAAGAUAUAGCAAAAGUUAUAGCUGAAAUCGAGAGGGAAGAAGCCAAGCGUGCUGCAGCAUCAGAGAAAGCAUUACCAAAUCCACCAACAGCUAGAGCAUAUGCCUCUCUUACACCUCACCCAACUAAUAAUGAAUUAAUUUUGUUUGGUGGAGAAUUUCAUAAUGGAAAACAGACUGAAGUGUACAAUGACUUGCUGUUCUUCAAUGCUGCUAAUGGCGCUUGGAAGCAAGUUAAAGCACCGGGAGCUCCACCACCAAGAAGUGCUCACCAAGCUGUUGCUACUCCAGCUAAUAAAGGAGAAUUGUGGGUGUUUGGUGGAGAAUUCACAAGCCCCUCAGAGACUCAAUUUCAUCACUACAAAGACUUAUGGUGUUUUUCAUUAGCAGAGAAGAAGUGGGAAAAGGUUUUAGCUCCAAAUGGCCCAUCAGCUAGGUCGGGUCACCGUAUGGUGUUAUUAGGCCGGAAAUUGUUUGUAUUUGGUGGCUAUUGUGACGAUGGAAGAGAGUGUAAAUACUUUGAUGACCUGUACACAUUUUGUUUGGACAAUCGAGAGUGGACUAAACUUACACCGACCGGGAGAGGGCCCACUGCGAGAUCUGCAUGCGUCAUGUUACCGGCUGGGAAUGAUUCGCUCGUGAUCUACGGCGGCUUCUCCCGCGUGCGCGAGGGCCGCAGCGAGCGCGCGCACACGCACGCGGACGUGUUCCGGCUGUCGGCGCGCGGCGCGGCGUGGGCGUGGCGCGCGGCGGGCGCGGGCGAGGCGCGCGCGGGGCAGGCCGGCGCCGUGCCCGCCAGCAGCGCCCGCGGAUACGUGUUCGGGGGCGUCGCCGACGUCGAAGAAACAGAUGAAGAAUUACGCGGUGAGAUGAGCGAUGAAUUAAAAGUGUUAGACUUGGAAACAUGUCGCUGGCAUCCGGUCGUUCUGCGCACCGACAACACUGACACGAGCGCGGCGAGCGUCGCUCCAGUGGCGCCAGAGGAACCUAAGGAACGGGAGGAAAUCACAGUGAUAACGGACGAGGUGUUCAGCAUGCGUGUUGGCGCGUCGGCGCCAGCCUCCGAAGGCCCCCGCGCGGCGCGGCGCGAGCGCGCGGGGGCGUCGGGGGGCCCGUGCGGCCGCAUGUCGGCGUCGCUGGCCGUGCAGCGUUCGCAGCUGUACGUGUACGGCGGCGUGCUGGAGCGGGACGAUAAGCAGUUCUAUUUGGGGGACAUGUAUUCGCUCGAUUUGCACAAAUUAAACGGAUGGAAGACAAUCAUCGAACAGCCUCCGUUACCGGAUUGGCUUGGAUCUGAUUCUGAAGAUGAAUGGAGUUCUGGAAGUGAGACUGACGACAGCGAAGAAUCAGAAGAGGACUAACGACGACUUAGAUUACAAUUGUAACAGAUCACUUUACAUAUUAUCAAUAAAACUACUCUACUGUACUACUAAUAAUAUUAACAAUAUAAAUAUAAGGAAUAAAUGGAGAAUAUUCACUCA